GACCUAGCAUAUACACAGAGAGCUAGCUAUACACUCUUUGGUUGCACGAACAUCAGUUAAGAUGGCAGGGCAUCGCGCUGCUGCCUACGUGUUCACGGUGGCGCUGGCACUCGGCGUGCUCGCCUCCAUUCCGGCAGCUGUCCAGUCCAUCGGCGUGUGCUACGGCGUGAUCGGCGACGGGCUGCCCUCGGCGAGCGACGUCGUGCAGCUCUACAGGUCCAAGGGCAUCACCGGCAUGCGCAUCUACUUCCCCGACAGCAACGCCCUCCGGGCACUGAGCGGCAGCGGCAUCAACCUCGUUAUCGACACGGGCAAUGACCAGCUCCGCAACCUCGCCGCCAGCACGUCCAACGCCGCCGCCUGGGUCAAGACCAACAUUCAGGCCUACCAGGGCCUCACCAUCCGGUACAUCACGGUCGGCAACGAGGUGUCCGGCAGCGACAGGCAGUUCAUCCUCCCGGCCAUGAAGAACGUCAACGCUGCGCUCUCCGCCGUAGGCCUCGGCGGCAUCAAGGUGUCUACAGCGCUCAGAUUCGACGUGUUCACCGACACCUACCCGCCCUCCAACGGAGUGUUCGCGGACGACGACUUCAUGGACCCCAUCGCGGAGUACCUGGAGAGCACCGGCGCGCCGCUGCUGGCCAACGUGUACCCGUACUUCGCCUACGUGGGCGACACGACGAACAUCCAUCUCGACUACGCGACCUUCCAGCCGGGCACCACCGUGACGGACGACGGUAACGGGCUGAAAUACACGAGCCUCUUCGACGCCAUGGUCGACUCCAUCUACGCCGCGCUGGAGGACUCCGGCAGGCCGGGGGUGAAGGUCGUCGUGUCCGAGACCGGAUGGCCGUCCAGCGGCAGCUUCGCCGCGACGGUCCAGAACGCGAGGAUGUACAACCAGAAUCUGAUCAACCAUGUCGGUGGGGGCACGCCCAAGAGGCCCGGGCUGCUGGAGACGUACAUGUUCGCCAUGUUUAACGAGAACCUCAAGACAGGUGAUGAGACGGAGAGGCACUUUGGGCUGUUCAAUCCGGACAAGUCGCCGGCCUACACCCUUAGUGAGACCAUGGCCGGGACGUGGCAGUUCCAUGUGCACGUGGGAUGUUUCUCACCCACGAGUUCACCACAGCAUCCAGAUGUCUUUUUUCAGUCUCUUACCAUUCCGUCCAAAUUCUCCACAUCUUACGCAAAUAUCUCUGGCUACUACUACUACGAGUACGUAUUUCCUAUGAAUCUGCUGGGGGAGGAGCUCAACUACAUAUCGGGAGGGGCGGCGCCACCACACGGAGCUGCAGGGCCCGUCUCCAUGGCGCACCGCCUGGAAGGGUAUCGCCUCCAUGCUCCAUGGCGCGCCGCCGGGAGGACGCCUACCUCCACCACGCGCUGCACCUUCUCUCCCCCGUCUCCAUGGCGCGCCGCCGGGAAGGGCCUCGCCCGCACCGCGCGCCGUCGGGCCCUCUCUCACAUGGUCCAGCACCCCGACUCCUCUUCCCCUCAACUCCAAACCUGCCUGGCUCCAGGGAUCUACCUGAUCAGUAAACUCAGCCGCGCGAUGAUGGCGCGGCAGCUUAGGUGCUCUGCCUCCGCGCUAGCGAUGGCGUUGGUCGUCGGAGUCUUCGCAUCCAUCGCUACCGAGGUGCGAUCCAUCGGCGUGUGCAACGGGAUGAUCGGCGACAACCUGCCGUCCCGGACCGACGUGGUGCAGUUCUACCAGUCCCAAGGCAUCGGCGCCAUGCGCAUCUACGCCCCGGACCAGGAGACGCUCCGGGCGCUCGACGGCACCGGCAUCGACCUCAUCAUGGACGUGGGCAACGACAACCUCGCCGCCCUCGCCUCCGGCCCCGACGCCGCGUCCGCCUGGGUCCGUGACAACGUCCUACCUCACCCGGGCGUCCGCAUCAAGUACAUCGCAGCCGGCAACGAGGUGCCCGACGCCGGCACGGGAAGCAUCCUCCCGGCCAUGCAGAACCUCAACGGCGCGCUCUUGGCGGCCGGACGCGGCGACAUCAAGGUCACCACGGCGGUCAAGAUGAGCGUGCUCGCGUCCUCCUCGCCGCCCUCCGAGGGAGCGUUUAAGGACGCGUACAUGACAGAGGUCGCCAGGUUCCUGGCGAGCACCAGCGCGCCGCUCCUCGCCAACGUGUACCCCUACUUCGCCUACAUUGACAACCCGAGCGACAUCCCGCUAAGCUACGCGACGUUCCAGCCAGGCACGACGACGGUGGGCGACAACAACGGGCUCACCUACACGAACCUCUUCGACGCCAUGGUGGACGCGCUGUACACGGCCAUGGAGAAGGCAGGUUCGCCGGCCGUGCCCAUCGUGGUCUCGGAGAGCGGCUGGCCCUCCGACGGCGGUGUUGGCGCGAGCAUCGCUAACGCGCAGACGUACAACCAGAACCUGAUCAACCACGUCGGCAAUGGCACACCCAAGAGGCCCGGGCCGCUGGAGGCGUACAUAUUCGCCAUGUUCAACGAGAACUUGAAGGAGGGUCAUGAGACGGAGAAUCACUUUGGGCUGUUCAACGGCCCGGACAAGUCGCCGGCGUACCCUAUAAAUUUCAACAAUUAA